AGGUUUCUCGAUAUACAGCAUUCUUGUUGCGAUUUAAAAGCAUAGUAGAAAGUCACAUACUGUAGACAUUUCCUGAACAUUUACUUGACACGAAACACUGACUAGUGCCGCAACAAAGAAGUCAAAACAGUGAUACUCUUUGGUGUUUAUCUGUCACUAUGGCUUGAGACAGACAGUGAGAGAAUAAUUUUUCUGCAUGGUUUCCUCCUUCGUUGAGAGGCUAAGACUGUCUCCCUCGGGAUCCCAUCAGAUUGGGGGGGACUGUGUGAGAAGACAUGUCUAUGUGCAUGCGUGAGCGAAAGAGAGAGAGAGAGAGAGAGAGCUGGAGCGAGGGAAAGAGCAUGUGUGUGCACACAUAAAGGAAAGGGGCAGAGUGUGAGUGCAGAUGAUGCUGCUCGUGGAAGGAGAUGUUGCUGGUUUUGGCUUUCGUUCCUGUGCUACAAGAUUUUCCCCACUAAGGUUUGACCUCUGCGUCCUGUCAGUUUGGCACCUAACCUUCUCGGAGAGAUACAGAACGACAAAGGGAAGGGAGGAGGGUGGAACAGGCAGAGGAUAUCAUGUGUGUGCUAUAACUAAGGACAAGGAGCAGACAGAGUUGGAGAAGAGGGGAAAUAAGACACAAGGCAGAAGCUGCAGACAUCGUCCAUUUAUUGGCCAGAACCGGCAACAAAGACAAACGAGGUAAAGCCUCUGAAGCCGAGACUCAGACGUUCUGCCUCGUUAUUCCUCGGAUUCCAUGUGCCACUGGCAUCGCAUCGAGGGCGAAUAGGAUGUCUGUGUCUGGAAAAAAGGAGUUUGAUGUGAAGCAGAUCCUCAGGCUCCGCUGGCGCUGGUUCAGCCACAGCACUCAAACCUCAGCAGGGAAUGGGGGCUAUAUCCAACAGGAAGGUUUCGACCACCGGGGAACACCGGUCCGGCUGAAGAGUCACUCCCGGGACAGAGGAGGACUUCGCAAGAGCAACAGCCCCGUGCACAGCAUUCUGGCUCCGAACCCUGGACCCACACCUGUUUAUGUCAGGCCGGGCAAUCAAUCAUGGCACCAGCAAAACAUCAUCCAGCACCUCCAAGCUAGCGAGGAGCUUCCCAAGAGCAACUCACCUUGCAGUGCCAGGAAAGAGGAGGCGAAGAGCAGUCAUGAGGAUGUGAAGAGCAACCCGGAGGAUCCCUCUGAAGAGGAAGCCACAGAGAGGUUGGCUUUGAACAGUUUCUCUAGGAUGAGCUCCAACUGCUCAGAUGAGUUUUUCCAGGCCACAAACCAUGCGGAACAGACCUUUCGAAAGAUGGAGACCUAUCUCCAGCACAAGCAGCUGUGUGAUGUACUUUUGAUAGCUGGAGAUCACAAGAUCCCCGCACACAGACUGGUCCUGAGUGCGGUUUCAGACUACUUUGCUGCCAUGUUCACAAAUGAUGUGAGGGAGGCGAAACAAGAGGAAAUUAAAAUGGAGGGUGUUGAUCCUGAGGCGCUGAAAGCACUGGUUCAUUUUGCAUAUACUGGAGUCCUGGAGCUAAAAGAGGAGACAAUUGAAAGUCUUUUAGCUGCUGCUUGCCUCCUCCAGCUCUCACAAGUUAUUCAGGUCUGCUGCAACUUUCUGAUGAAACAACUGCACCCAUCCAACUGCCUGGGGAUCCGUUCGUUCGCUGAUGCUCAGGGAUGCAUGGAUCUUUUGAACAUCGCUCACAACUACACUAUGGAACACUUUCUCGAGGUCAUUCAGAAUCAGGAGUUCCUCCUGCUACCCACAACGGAAAUUGUCAAGCUUUUGGCCAGUGAUGACAUCAAUGUUCCAGAUGAAGAAACGAUUUUCCAAGCACUGAUGAUGUGGGUUCGCUAUGAUGUGCAGCACCGGCAGCAGGAUCUAGGAGUGUUACUGGCGUAUAUUCGACUCCCUCUUUUACCACCACAGCUUCUUGCUGAUCUGGAAAACAAUAAGAUGUUUUCAGAAGACCUGGAAUGUCAGAAGCUCCUGAUGGAAGCCAUGAAGUACCAUCUUUUACCAGAGCGCCGUCCCAUGCUACAGAGCCCAAGAACCAAACCACGGAAAUCCACUGUUGGAUCGCUCUAUGCAGUUGGAGGGAUGGACGCCUCUAAAGGGUCUACAACAAUAGAGAAGUACGACCUUCGCACAAACAAAUGGAUCCAGGUUGGCAUCAUGAAUGGGCGAAGACUUCAGUUCGGGGUGGCAGUAAUCGAUAACAAACUCUAUGUGGUAGGAGGAAGGGAUGGGCUCAAGACCUCUAACAUGGUGGAGUGCUACAAUCCGAUCACUAAAGUGUGGUCCACCAUGCCUCCAAUGUCAACCCACAGACACGGAUUAGGAAUUGCUGUGCUAGAGGGGCCCAUGUAUGCAGUGGGAGGCCAUGACGGAUGGAGCUAUUUGAACACAGUAGAAAGGUGGGACCCCCAGGCGAGGCAGUGGAAUUAUGUGGCCAGUAUGUCCACCCCCCGCAGCACUGUCGGAGUCACUGCUCUCAAUGGAAAGUUGUUUGCUGUAGGCGGUCGUGAUGGAAGCUCCUGUCUGCGAUCGAUGGAAUGUUUUGAUCCCCACACCAAUAAAUGGAGCAUGUGCGCACCGAUGUCAAAGAGGAGGGGAGGAGUGGGUGUGGCCACGUAUAACAGUUUCUUGUAUGCAGUGGGAGGACAUGACGCACCAGCUUCAAGCCAUUGUUCGCGUCUGUCAGAUUGUGUGGAGAGGUAUGACCCCAAAACAGACACAUGGACCACAGUGUCCUCCCUGAGCGUUCCCCGGGAUGCAGUGGGGGUGUGUCUGCUGGGAGACAGGUUAUAUGCGGUCGGAGGCUAUGACGGUCAGACCUACUUAAACAGUGUUGAGUCCUAUGACGCACAGAACAAUGAAUGGACUGAGGAGGUUCCUCUAAACAUUGGGAGAGCUGGGGCCUGUGUGGUGGUCGUGAAACUGCCUUGAAGGCUCAGAGUCCCUGAACUUUGACCUCAAAAAGAGGCGUGCAAUGUCAACUCUCGGAAUGCUCUUUUCACGUUUUUCAUCAAAGCUAUCGUUACCACCGGAUUCAUCUCAACAGAUGUAAACAACCUUGUGCAGUUCAUUCUGUUUUUGCUCAGAUAUUUCAGCACUAUUACAGACUGAGAAAAAAAAGGAAAAUAAGAAAUAAUGCUUAUAAGAUUUUACUUAACUGUAAUAAAAUUAUAUAAGACGAUUUCAGAUUUUAUAUUGAGAAAAAAGAAUACUUUUGAAAAUGUAUCCAGAGGGACUUUUUCAUUUUAAUAUUGACAUCUUGUUAAACUCAUCAAACAUCUUUUAACUAUACCAAAAUCAAAUGUAUUUUAAAGACAGCAGCAUACUUGUUUACUUGUGCAAUUUUGUGGAAAUGUAUUUUGAUCUUAGACACACAAUUUUAAAAACCACUGUGAAUACUUCCAGUUGUACGCUUGCAACAAAUCAUCCUGGUUUACCCAAAAUGUUUGUGGACACUCACUCAUGCAAUUCUCAUCUGAAUACACAUUUUGUCUGAGAUUAGGUUCAGCACGAAAUUACUAAAGUAGAAGCAAAGAAAAAAAAAAAAAAAAAACACCAAAGUAAUUAGCACGUGUUGGUAAUUCAUGAUUUUAAUGGUAAUAAGUUUACAGUAGAAAAUAUACUAUUAUAUCAUAUUGAUAUUUCACCUUUAUGUAAAGGUUUUGUAAUUUGUAUUGUAUAUAGUCCCUGGUCCUGUGUAAUUUAUUAACAUAACAUAUUGGCAUGCUACUUCAAUAUGUUUGAAUUCCAUUAUUAAAUAUUUUAAAGACCCCAUGCAAUCAGUUUUGUGUUGAAAUAUUCCCUAUUCGAACCAGAUGAUUGAGUGGGACAUAUCAAAGGGCUCAUUCCCUUUUUUCAUAUUAAAUGGGCUUUAGUUAAAUUUACAGCCAUGUCAAUUUAAAAUGUAUAUCUGUUCUAAUCUAAAUUACCAAGUACAAUAGCAUAUAUAACUUCAAAGCUUACAGACAUGGGUUAAAUGCCACAAAACUCUUGAUUUCAUGGGGUCUUUAAAGGGUUAGUUCACCCAAAAAAUGAAAUUUCUGUCAUUAAUUGCUCACCCUCAUGUCGUUCCAAACCCGCAAGACCUUCGUUCAUCUUCAGAACACAAAUUAAGAACUUUUUUCAUGAAAUCUGAGAGCUUUCUAAUCCCCCACAGAAAGCAAUGUAAUUACCACAUUCUAGAUCAAUAAAAUAUCCAAAGACGUCGUUAAAAUAGUCCAUGUGACUACAAUGGUUCAACCUUAAUGUUAUGAAGUGACUAGAAUACUUUUUGUGCGCGAAAACAAUAACGACUUUAUUCAACAAUUCCUUCUUGUCUGGGUCUUGAAAGUGGUAAUAACGUUGCAGUCUAUAUGGAGGUCAGAAAGCUGUCGGAUUUCAUCAAAAAUAUCUUAAUUUGUGUUCUGAAGAUGAAUGAAGGUCUUACGGGUUUGGAGCGACAUGAGGGUGAGUUAUCAACGACAGAAAUGUCAUUUUUCGGGUGAACUAACCAUUUAACUAUGAUGUCAAAUCCAGUCAUUAAAACGGUGUUAUAUAAAAUCUUGCUUUGUGAUGUACUGACAUUCAUUUGUUGUUUGACUGCCAUAAUGUUUUAUCGAAGAGCCUCAUUACCCGACCUAACUGGAAUGUAACAUGCUGAUCAAGAAUAAGUUUACUAGUGUGACGCAUUUGUAAUACAGAAAUGCUUUCAUUGACUUUUUCAUUGUUUUAUAUGGCAUGCUGAAGAAACUUAGAAAUAAAAAAGUUAUUCUCUUU